AUGCUGACCGCUACGCGGGUGAUUGGUCGAAAGGCCUUAGAGUGUUCUGGUCUGACUUCGGACUUUUCUACACACAGAAAUUUUACUACAAUUCUGAAAAAUGUUGCAGCGCCUACGGUCCCAAUUUAUCAACGCCAUGCAGUGCAAUACAGACAAAAAUCGGAUGGAGUCCGUGGUGCUGUUAUUGGUAUUGAUUUGGGUACCACCAACUCUUGUGUUGCCGUCAUGGAAGGAAAGUCACCUAAGGUGGUGGAAAACAGCGAGGGUUCUCGGACCACACCCUCUCACGUAGCGUUCUCAAAGGACGGUGAGAGGCUCGUGGGUAUGCCUGCCAAACGCCAGGCUAUCACCAACAGUGGCAACACCUUCUACGCAACGAAAAGACUGAUCGGCCGCCGCUUUGACGAUCCCGAAGUCCAGAAAGACAUGAAGAAUCUCUCAUAUAAAGUUAUCAGGGCUUCAAAUGGUGAUGCUUGGGUUCAAGGUUAG